UCAUAGAAGCAUGGAAUGUGACACUUCUAGACACUUCACUUCUCCUAAUAUCUUUUCGAUCCAGCAUCAAAAAUUGUUCGCCGUGUAUUCACGCACAGGCGAGUCCGCAAAAGAGUUGGCCAAGUCCGAAGGGGGCAAGCUAUUGAGGUGAGCCAGACGACCUUGCCCGGAUGCGUUGGGUUACGGCUGCGUUAAGUAAUGGCAGAUAACCAGAAAAAAGCGGAUGACGCUCCCGCAGCCGCGUCGGCCAGGCAGCUGGCGGCCAAUGCGGCUGCUGCGGUUUCCUCUACAGCGUCUGCGGCAAAGGAUACAGCGGCUACCGCCGCCACGACGGCCAAGGACAAGACCGCAGCAGCCGCCAGUGCUGCCAAAGACAAGGCGGCAGCGGCGGCAAGCUCCGCCAAAGAGAAGGGCCAGGCAGCGGCCGUUGCUGCUAAGGACUCCACCGUGGCAGCAGCCAGCGCUGCCAAGGAGAAGGCAUCCGCUGCUGCCUCGGCGGCCAAGGACAAGGCAACGGCAUCGGCAUCGGCGAUCGCUCUGCGGGACAAGGCCUCGGCGACUGCCAUUGAGCGGGUCUCGGCGGCGGCAGUUGCCACUUCACAGGCUGCCACCUCGGCGGCAGGAGCCACGAAGGAGAAGGCGUCGGCGGCAGCGUCGGUGUUGAAGGAAAGAGCCUCGACGACGGCCUUACAAGCCCAGCAAAAAGUGUCGGCCGCAGCAGUGGCCGCCAAGGAAAAGGCAACAGCGGCUGCAGUAGCCGUGAAGGAGAAGGCAUCUCGAAGGCAGGAAGAACAAUAGUCUCGGCUCAUCUCUAGGACUAAAUGGUACUUUAUCGACAAGUACUAACAAAUUUCAUUUAUAUAGUAUUAUUUUACUCCAGUCUAAUACUGUAUUUUUCAAUAUAUUUUCAUUCCUAAAA